AUGUCGUCUUCAUCAUCGUCGACCUCUUUUGAUUCGUUCGGUUCCGAGGAUUACGAUGAUGUCGUUGAAAGUGCCGUUGUUGGCGCCGUUACUUUGGCCAUGAGGGUCGCGCAAGAGGAGGAGGAAGAGGAAGAAGAAGAGAGGUCGCGUUUUACUAGAAGGGUGGUUCUUGUACAUCGUCGCGCAGAGGCACAAGAAAACUUGAUGCGAGACUACUUCGUUGAUCAACCAACUUACACCACGAGACAAUUUAGACGACGGUUUAGAAUGCAUAAGGGUUUGUUUUUAAAGAUUGUUGGCGACAUGGAACGGGAGUAUAGAUAUCUUCAACAAAGGGUGAACGUCGCGGGAAAGCUUGGUUUUACCGCACUUCAAAAGUGUACAGCCGCAAUUCGACAACUAGCGUACGGCGUGACGAGUGAUUUGCUUGACGAGUAUUUGCAAAUGACGGAGAGGACCUCACGGGAGGUGCUUGGCCAUUUUUGUAGUGGGUCUUAUAAUGACAUCAACGUAUUCCAGUCAUCUCCUGUGCUUGAAGAUCUUGUAUCCGGUUUGGCGCCCUCAGGGGACGGGAUAUACCCCGAGUAUGCUACAUUCGUUAAGACUUUUACCGAUCCAAUUGACGAGAAGAGAAAGUUUUUUAAGAAAAAGCAAGAGUCGGCAUGUAAGGGUAUAGAAAGGGCUUUUGGUGUGUUGAAAAAAAGAUGGAAGGUCCUUAAUCAUCCGGCUCAGUAUUGGGACAAGGAACUCAUGCAAGACGUGAUUUAUGCUUGUAUCAUCUUGCAUAACAUGAUAUUUGAGGACGAGGACAAGGCCAAAUGUCAAGACUACAAUCCGGAUGAACCUUCUUUAGUACCGGGCUAUUGGGAGCAAAUGACUCCAUUGAAACAACGAAUUCAAAACCGUCAUGUUAUUAAAAGCCGAGAAACACACAAUAUGCUUACAGCGGACUUGGUUGAUCAUCUUUGGUCGACCCAAGCACAUGACUUUGAUGCCGAUAACGAGGACCUCCCGGAUCUCAACGAGUAUGUUAGUUCGGACGAUGAGUAG